AUGCCUAAUGCCAUGAAUAAUUACAUGCAGGGAGGCGGUUUCAAUUAGUUCACUGUUCAUAAUACCAACAUUAAUAAUAUAAACAAUAAUGGAUACAACUAGUUCUACCCAGCACAAUAGCAAGUCGGAUAUAACAUUAGCUAAGACUAUCAGAUUUAGUCGCUAUACAAUCCUUACCUAUAGCAAGCUAUUAAAUAUCCUGAUGUAACAUCCUAAGGAGUAAAAAAUGGCAAAAAUAGAGCAGGAGGACUCAAGAAAUAAUUUAUAAAAAGAGGUAACUCUAGACCCUAAUCAGCUCAAAUGCUCAAACAUCUUUCGCAUUAAAAAAGUAGUUACUAAAAUCUUAAUACUAUUCCUAAUAAUCCAAUGCAGAAUAAUUUCUUCAAGUAAUAAUAAGCUCCAAGAAAUAUAGGUACUUUUGAAAAGGAAUAACUCUAUGAGGAAGCAGCAGGUUUGAGAAUCGAGAGAAAUAAGUAUUAGAAUGAAAAUGUGCUACUAAGAACCUAAGUUAAGGCUAUUGAAAGGCUAAACUAAGAAAAUUACUCAUAAGCCUAAAUAUUACAGCUCUAAAAUGCUUAAUCAAAUACUCAUCUAGGCCUCAAGUACAAGCUUAAAAUUAAGCAGUUGAAAAAUGAUUUACUAAUGAAGCAAGAGGAGAUAAUGAAUCUUAAUCGUACUCUGAAAUAUACCAAGCUUAAAGAAUACGAAGUUGAAAUCGAAGAACUUCAAAAAGAAAUAGGUAGAUUGAAUUAGGCUAUUUAAUUCGAGAUAAGUAAACCUAGAAUUGAUCCUAUGGCUUACUAGAAACUAGGAGAAGACUUAUAGAGGCAAUAAAUUAUAAUAAAGAAUACUCUUGAUGAUUAAAAUAAGCUCAAUAACAUAAUCAAUGAUAAGGAUCUAGUAAUAUAAAAAAGAGAUAGAAGAAUCAAUAAAUAAGUUGAGAGAAUAAAGUUAUUAAGAGAGAAAUAGAAACUGCAAAUUAAAAAGAUAAAGCUCUUGACUAAUAAAUUGAUGGAUUGCGAAAAACUCAAUUCUGUAAUGUUAAGUAAAAAUAGCGGGUAGAGAGGAAGAAAUGGAAAUUUCAAUGUAAAUGAAAGUGUUAGGACUAAACGAAGUAAUAGUGGUGCCAGUCCUAGAGGUGCAAACUCGUCACCAAAGAGAUCAAUGCUCAAUUAAGCAGAUUGGUUUGAAAGAUAUGCAAUCGAAAAAACUUAAAAGGAAAAGCUAGAAAUCUGGAUAAAGAAGAGGGAUCCAAAUAUUGACUUUGAUAAAAUAUACUAGACUGAAAUUGAGGAUGAGAAUUAAAGUAAAGAAUUACAAAGCCAAAUUACUAUAAAUUUUGAUGAUUAGCAAAGAACUAUAGAAUUUACAGAUAAUCUUGAUCAAAUCAGAGCAUUUAUUAUGAAUGAAUUCAAUUUAGAAUAGGAUAAGCAAUUUGUGCUGAAAAAUUAAAAUGGGGAUGUUAUAGAGACUCAAGAUUAAAUGAAAGAACAAGAUAUGAUUGUUGUAGAACUAGUUGAAGUACAAGAAGAAGAAUAAUAUGAGGAAGAGGAAUUUGAUGAAUACGUAGAGAACUUAGUAGACUGUGUCAAAUACGAGGAUGUGUAAUUCACAGUUUUAGAACUGAGGCUUAAACUUUAAAUAAAAAAGGUAAAAAGAUAAAAUGCUUUCAAGUAUGUCAUGAAUUCCUUGAAGGAUGAAAAGGGCAAAAGAAUAAAAAUAGUGUCCCUAAAGCAGCUUUAAAAUUAAUUUUAUCUCCGAAUGAAAUUCGAUAAUAAUGAGAGUUUGCUCCUAGCUAGAUAUAUUAUGGAAUAACCAAAUCAAAACGGCUAAGUUGCAUUUAACAUAUAAGCAUAAGUACCAAGAAGCUAUUUGAAAAAGAAAUUCGAAGAGAUAGUUCCAAACUACAUUAUCUACAAUGGCUUAGCGAUAUCAAGCAUGCUUAACAGAAUUACAACUAUACUUGAUGAUUAUAAAUCUUCAAUUGAAGAUUAUCUUAAUGACAAAGACGAGAGUGAGAGUGGUGAAGUCCAUCUUAAGACUUUCAUUUUAUCUCUCAAGGAAUCUAAUUCUCCUAAUCUUGAUGAUGAUAUAAAGGACUUAUUAUUCUAUAUUUUACUCAGAUAAAGCACAUCACUUACUAAAAUUAACUACUAUGCUUUCCUAGAGAUAUUUGAUGAGGAUUACUUGAUUUAGGCAUCACCGCAUGAGGACUAAAAAGAUUUUGAAGCCUCAUCAGAGUCUUCGGAGGAUGAAAAGCCCAUUAAAUCUUAAAAUUAAACAAAUAGUAUAGUUAAUUAAGGUUCCAAUUCAUAAAAGCCUUAGUCGUAAGAUAUUGAAGUUGACGAAGAGGAUUUGAUGUUGUCAGUAGAUGAAAUACUAGGGAAAUUAGUCUAGUAGUAUAGAGGUUAAUAGAAAAUCAUGAAAUAACUGUUUUUAGACAUUAGAGAAUCACUCAAUAAUUAGGCAAUCGAUGGAUCAAAGCAAGUAUACUACAUUAUACAAAGUGAUUUCUCUUCUUUCAUUAGAAAUAGACUGAAUCUUCCAUAAGAUACUUAAUCCGAGAAGCAAAUAUAAUGCUUGAUGCAUAUAUUAAUCAGAGAGGAGCUUUAAGGGGUUAUACUUUAUGAUGAGUUUAAGGCUCUAGUCAGUAACUACAUUAAGAAAGAAAAGGUGUUUUAAAAAUCACUAUAGUAAGGUUACAGAUAUGACUUGAUCAACAAAGAUAUCUUAGAUUUCUUCUAGCACAUUAAAACUUUGACAUAAGAUAAUGAGGAAGAAUAAAGGCAAGGCAAAUCUCUAACAAAUGAAAUACUCAAGAAAGUCAUAAAAAAUCAAACUAUUUAAAAUAAAGAUGGAAAGUAAUUGAAGGUAUAAAUUGUGAACUUUGAUGACAUGCUUGAUCAUCUUUUUAUGGCAUUCACUAUUAGAUGUCCUCCAAUGAAAGUGUAGUUUGAUCUGAGACAGAUGCUAUGCAUUGAUCCAGGACUCCCAGAUAUCAUAUUGAUUAAAAAACUAGAAAAAAUAAUUGAUGAUUUGGAUUUAAAUCAAGCUAAUCUUUUAAGAAUUAUGAAAUCUCCUGAUUAUAAGGCGUACAUAACCACUUUGAUUCCUAAAUCAACUUCUUCAAUUAAUAGGUAAGCCACUCAUAGUAAGCAAGCUUUAUAGCAACCAAAACCUUAGUAGUAAGACAAUGAAUCUGCUUCUAAGAAGAAACCUGCCCCUAAAAAAGGUGUUUCUUUUUCUAAUGAUAAUUCUAAUGUCGACACUAAGGAAAAAGUCUAGAAGAAAGAAGAUUCAGAUUUCAAGUAUGACCCAUAUCGCAAGAAAUUCACUGUAAAACCAGAAGAAAUUUCUGAUGAAGAUAUUGAUAACUAUCAAGAGGAUGAUGACAAAAUAAGUUCAGAAUAAUUCCCAAGUUCAGCUUCCAGUAGUUUUAAAGAUAAAAAACAAAAGAAUUAAAAAGAACAAGAAGUUAAGAAGCAAGAGCCUCCAAAGUAAGUAAAAAAGGAGGAUAAAAAGGAGAAUGAUGAAAAAAUAAAAAAUAAAGACAAGAAGGAGAAAAUCUCAGAAAAACCCAAAGAAAAGCAGUAACUUAAAAGUGAUGAUAUAGAGGACGAUGAUAUUAAAGAGGAAAAAAUGAAUUUUGUUUACGAUCCAUACCGAAAGAAAUACACUUAAAAGCCAGAGGAAAUUUCUGAGGAAGAAGAUUUCAUUGAGGAUAACUAUGACUUUGACUGA